UGUCCUGGUUUCUAGAAGCAAUGUAUGGAGGCCUGAGAGGCUGGUUUUCCCAGAGCGUAGGCCGGGACCUGAUCCACAUCUGGGAGUCUGAAGGUGGCAUCAUUACAAGCUCAAGCCACCAGGCAGAUUAUCUCUUCAGCAGUGAUGCAUCUCACCAGGACACUAAAAGAAUAUAUAAUAGUCUGGAGUACGUUGGAAACAAAGCAACUGUUUUUCAUGCAAGCUUUCUGAAAUCACAUAUGCAAUGGAAAACCAACCCCUUGGAGACAAUUGGGCACUUUAUUCUCCCCCCUCCCUCCCUUCAUGAAGAGAUCAGAAGAAAAAUUGGCAACUUCAUUUGGGAACAAGACCAUUCCUUAGAAAUCCAACAGUGUGGAGAUAAAGAGGAGGAGCCAGUGAACCCUAAAUAUGAUAAAAGGAACACAACUGACUGUGAACACUCAGCGGAUGUUAUGCUCCACUCUCUCCAUAAGUACCCAGAAAAUAACAUGUUUUUAGGUUACACUUCCAUUAACCAGUUAAAGAAAUAUCCUGGAGAACUGCAUGAUUUUAUUCCUGACAAUUCAGAUUAUUGUGUUUUAUAUGUUCAUGAUAAAAGCAGCGAUUUUUCAGGGAUUAAAACUGUACUCAAGAAAUAGGUUUUUUAUCUUCAACUUAAGUACAAAGCUGGUAAACCUUAUUAUGUUCCUUAAAGGGGUACUCCAGUGGAAAACUUUUUUUUUUUUAAAUGAACUGAUGCCAG